AUGUCGAACGCUGUUGUGGAGAACGGCGUUAACGAAGAUCGAUCAACAACAUACUAUUUUCCAACGAGUGGAUCAAGUGCCACAUUAUGGCAACGGCUGAGCUUGUUUGUGUCUAUAUACUGGAAGGCACUUAUAGUAGUGUUUACACCAAUUUUGCUACUACCUAUACCUCUUAUGCACCAUGAGCCAGCCUAUAGAUGCAUGUAUGUUGUGCUGAUAAUGGCGAUAUUCUGGGUAUUGGAACUCCUGCCUUUACCAGUUACAUCUAUGCUGCCAAUUGUACUUUUCCCUACUAUGGGCAUUCUGGACUCCGAUAAAACUUGUGCAGCAUAUAUGAAGGAAACUAAUAUGAUGUUCAUGGGAGGUUUGAUGAUAGCUGCUGGAGUGCAACAUUCAAGAUUGCCCAAACGAGUCGCAUUAUGGACUGUACAAGUUGUUGGUUGUUCACAUCGAAGAUUGAACUUCGGACUUACAUUCGUCACCAUGUUCAUCUCUAUGUGGGUAUCAAACGCUGCCGCUACUACGAUGAUGGUACCCAUCGUAGAAGCCAUAUUGGAAGUACUUGAACAGCAAGGCCUUGGGGACGUAUAUGUGAAUAGAAAGAGGAAUGCACCAGCUGAAAAUGGCAAAUCAGAUACCAAAGCUGUAGCGAAAGCUGCUGUAGAAGAAGAACCUCCAAUGCCGAGUGACAUCACUAUUUGCUACUAUCUUAGCAUUGCUUACGCGUCGACUCUUGGUGGUUCUGGAACCCUCGUCGGUACCGCCACCAACUCUGCUUUCAAAGGAAUAUUUGAUUCCGAAUUUCCCGAAUACUCAAGCCAAGUGAACUUCUUCUGGUUCAUGGCGUACAGUACACCGCCUAUGUUAAUCAUGCAGUUCUUGGUUUGGCUCGCACUGCAGGUCACCUUCAUGGGCUUGUUCAGACCGAACAGCGAAGCGGCUAAGAAAGUGAACAAUGCUUCAUCAGGCUCUGAAACGACAAUGAAAGUCAUCAAGGAGCAGUACAGGAGCCUUGGACCUAUCACCUUCCACGAAAAGGCUUCCGGUAUCUUAUUUAUCUUGGCUGUAUUCCUGUAUAUCUUUCGUCAUCCUGGAUUCAUGGACGGUUGGGCUGAUGUCCUUACUACCAUGAAAGUGAAAGAUGGAGUGACGUCAAUGUUCAUCGUGAUACUUAUGUUCAUUUUGCCCAUGAGCUGUGACUUUAUUAAGUUCUUCUCCAGUUCUUCGUCAUAUGAAGAAUUGGCCGCGUCUAAGCCCUCGCCUGGUAUUGUAACCUGGGGCAUUUUAAAGGAGAAAAUUCCAUGGGGUCUGCUCUUCUUACUUGGUGGUGGCUUCGCCCUCGCCGAAGGCAGCAAAGCGACGGGACUGUCCGCCAUGAUAGGCUCGUCCCUGGAAGGUCUGCGGGGUCUGAACCAUGCCAUCGUGCUUCUUGUAGUGGUUCUCGUCACACAGUUCAUCACUGAGUUCACUUCCAAUGUCGCCAUCGCCAAUUUAAUCUUACCUGUCCUUGCUAAUAUGGCUCGCGUACUAAACAUCGAUCCUAGGUACCUGAUGAUCCCUGCCACACUGGCGUGCUCAAUGGCCUUCCACAUGCCAGUAGGAACUCCCCCCAACGCCAUUGUAGCUGGCGUUGCACACAUACCCACUUCUAAAAUGGCUGUCGGUGGUAUAGGCCCGAAACUCAUUACCACGCUCAUCGUAUGGGGCGCUUACCCCACGUGGGGAUCAGUUAUCUUCCCACCAAUAGCCCCCACGGAAAACUCAACUCCUCUCAUCCGCAACGCCACAGCUCUGGCCGAACACAACAUCACACUUGCAUGCAAUAGCACAUAUAAUGCCAUUUCUAGUAUAGCCAACAUAGUCUGUAAGGCCCCUCAAAAUAUAAACGUGAAGCCUCGAUAUGACAAAGCUGAAGGGUAUAAGAAUAUUUAA